ACCGUUUCAAUUCUCAACAACAAGUGUGUCAACAACAACGGAACGACGCUCUGAGGGUUUCGUCUCGCAAACCGCGUCGAGAUAAACCACGACAGAAAACCUGGAUAUCUUUGAUUAACUUCCGAGGAGCGGCGGCGACGUUUUGACUUUUUGAAGUUGACUUUUCGCUCUCAGCUGAGGACUCGGUUCUUCAGCGACCCACUGACACUUGAAGAUCAGCGCCGCCGCUUUGGAUAACUUCGGUCCGUUCACCGAGUGCCUCGCGCGCCCGUUUCUUUCUCGCGGAGGAGAUAUGACCGCUUUAGCGGGGGGCAUUUCCAGGAUGAUGCGCCCCACGCCACCCCAGAACUACCCGAGAGGAGGCUAUUCUUUGGAGGUCUCCACGCCGUUAGGUCAGGGCCGCGUGAACCAGCUCGGCGGAGUCUUCAUAAACGGACGCCCUCUGCCCAAUCACAUCCGCCACAAGAUAGUAGAGAUGGCCCAUCACGGGAUACGGCCGUGCGUCAUCUCCCGCCAGCUGCGCGUGUCGCACGGGUGCGUGUCCAAAAUUUUAUGCAGGUAUCAGGAGACCGGAUCCAUUCGGCCCGGUGCUAUCGGUGGCAGCAAACCCAAGCAGAGCACAACUCCCGAUGUGGAAAAGAAAAUCGAAGAAUACAAGAGAGAGAAUCCAGGGAUGUUCAGCUGGGAGAUUCGGGAUAAACUUCUGAAAGAUGGGAUCUGCGAUCGAAACAACGUGCCCUCAGUGAGCUCCAUCAGCCGCAUGCUGCGCUGCAAAUUCGGCGGAAACGGAGAUGAAGAUGAGGAUGACGAUGAAGUGGAAAAAAGGGAGAUCGAGGAAAACGAAAGAAGAGCCAAACACAGCAUCGACGGGAUUCUCGGCGACAGAUCAAGCCACUCAGACGAGGGCUCGGACGUGGACUCAGAACCGGGUUUGCCAUUGAAGAGGAAACAGCGGCGCAGUCGAACCACGUUCACGGCCGAGCAGCUGGAGGAGCUGGAGAGAGCUUUCGAACGCACUCAUUACCCUGAUAUUUACACCAGAGAGGAGCUCGCUCAGAGAGCCAAACUCACAGAGGCACGAGUACAGGUUUGGUUCAGUAAUAGAAGAGCUCGCUGGAGGAAGCAGGCAGGAGCCAAUCAGCUCAUGGCGUUUAAUCACCUGAUUCCCGGCGGUUUCCCACCCUCUGCGAUGUCGAGUCUUCAGCCCUACCAGCUGGCGGACAGCCCUUACCCUCCCUCAUCUAUCUCACAAGUAUCGGAGCAGCCCAGCACUGUGCACAGGCCUCAGCCUCUUCCCCCCACCUCAGUGCAUCAGACUGGGCUUGGCAGUGGACCGGGGGCCCAGGAGGGGAGUUCGGCCUACUGCCUCUCUUCUGGACGUCAUGGUUUCUCUAGUUACUCUGACAGCUAUGUGGCCGCUCCGGGCCACGCAAACCCAGUGAACCCCACCAUCAGCAACGGCCUCUCAUCACAGGUGAUGGGGUUGUUGAAUCCGGGUGGAGUGCCUCACCAGCCGCAGGGUGAUUUUGCCCUCUCUCCAUUGACGGGUGGUUUGGAGCCCAGCACAGGCAUGGCUCCCAGCUGUCACUCCUCUCAGAGACUGGAGGCUCUGCCAGGCCUUCCCAGCAUGCCAACUCUGCCCAGCUCCCAGUCCUACUGCCCCUCCAGCUACACUUCACCCGGCUACAGCGUGGACCACGUGGCGUCUUACCAGUACAGCCAAUACGGGCAGAGCAAGGUGCCUUUCAUCAUCUGAAACCCAGCAUUGACUGAAUGAAGACAGGCAGGAAGGAGAUGAAGAGAUCUAUGGAAUGAUCUGACCGUUGCACUUGAGCUCUCCUUCACCUCUUGAACGUUUGACCAAAAUGACCAUCCGUCCUCAAACUCCCGCUCGAGGAGCGCUGCGGAGAGGCCAGGGGUGCCGGCGGUCCUCUCCAACGCCUGUGGGUCCAAGUUGCAACCGAGUUGUUUUUUUACGAGGGGGAUAUAGCGGGUGGGCUUGGGUUGGGUUUAGAACCAGACUGAGAACGGGGUUAGUUUGACCAUUUAGACCUGGAGCAAACAGCCUCUCCGUAUUUCCACCUCAUUUCGGAAAAAGGCAACGGCAUCACACGUUCUGACGACGCUUGCCACCUCCUUCCCGGAGGGCGCCAAGCCGCGGGACGCGAGGAGGACAAAGGGAAAGGACAUAAAAGGACAAAUAAACAACUCAAAGACUGAGACUGUGCUUAUAAACAGCAUGGAAUGGCAGGGAAGAGUGUGGCGCCAUACUCUGAUAUCAGCUGUCCACUGACGGACGCACUUUAGUGGCUGGUUUCUGACAACUCGACGGUUACUCUUCGGUUGAGACACAUUUUCUUUGACUAUAUUUAGGAAAUAAGGGCUCGGAAAAGACAGGUGUGCCGACUUUCCUUAAUUCUCGUUCACAGAUAAAUGACUGAACACACAAGGACAUGCUCACAUUUGGCACUCGCUCUCAGGCCCUUUUCAUAGAGAGAACGAGGGCGACCUAAACGGAAUGCACUCAAGAGUCCGAUGGCAUUUCAUCGGCCCUCUGUAGUGCAGACUAUAUAACACAGACCCCAGUCGCUUGAGCACACGCUAUUACCAUGUUCAGAAUGGACUACUAGUGUAUUGCUCAUCGCCUACAGUAUAUACUAAAAUAAUGCAACAUAAAGGUAGUAUGCCACAUUGCAUUUUUAAUCGAAAUGAAAACUUGUUUACUGGUUACAGUGGAAUGGAAAAGUCAAAUGGGAUAUAAUACUGUGUAGAAGCUCGUCCAGUUAGUUUCGGAAGCAGACAAAUUGCACGCGAUACGCAUAGUGCAUACUGAACAUUAGUAGUACGGUAGUAUGCUGUUCUGAACAUUCAGAGAGACCCCCGCCACAAAUCGAACACAAGGAAAGUGCAAUACACACUCAAUACCUCAUAAACACUCAUCUGUUCUUACUCGCUCACGAAAGUCAUCUGUUCUUAAACUCUGAUUGUUUUUCACGCAAAGAAAAGGUUCCAGAUGAUGCAGCGUUUCAUUAUGUGGAUGGAUGUCACCUUUAUUUUUACUCUGCAGUUUGGAGAAGAUCUGCAGAUGACGUUCUUCGUUCCGUCUCUGUACCACAACGUUCUUGUCUUAUUUUUUACCUUGUUUUUAUACUUUCAUGUUUUUUUUCUGUUCUCGACUGCAUAUAAUUGUUGAUGGAUAAUGUGUAAAAUGCAGCACUAUUUACUAUUUAUAAGAAAAAAAAAUAAAUUGCAUUCAAGCUUAUUGUUUUGAAAUGAUUGAUUUUUUUGACCUUUAAAAACUUUUUAAAAAUAUUUGCCAUAUUUUUUGCUUUCUCUCGUUUCC